UCGCCUCUGCAGACUUUUUACGCUUGGCUCACCGAAGACCAAGAGGCCAGCGCUGCCACGAUAACCCAACUAAGCCAGUUCUUCCCAUCAGUAUUUCCUCGGGACGAUGGCCAGCAUGUCGGUUCCCCCGGAAUCUUCGAGCCUUCUACUUACGUCGCCUGUUCCAAAGAUCCGGAGGACCGAGCUUAUACGCCAUAUGAGCCAAAGCAAGGUCUAAUGACGUUGGCGUUAUGCCCACGACUGCAGGACUAUUUGCUCUUUUCGCCUGCUAGCGUCCAAUCCUUCACUCGUCAGCUCAUGUGA